AACUGAUUAGAUGAUAUAUUGAAAAAUGCAAGGAAUUCGCGUGGGUAACCAAGGAUGACAUGUUGGAGAAUUUUUUCGAGAACAAGGAUUUAUUCAACUUAAACUUAUAAAUGUUGCUGGCCCAUCAUCAAGGUCGAUCUUUCAGCAAUAAUACACUAUCGUCAUAGCCAGAGAUUCUAAAACUUCGACCUACUCAACACGGCAAACAUCAUCUUGAUGUUGAAGAAGGAGGGUGUGGAAAAAUCGAGGACUUCAGACCAAUCAGCCUAAUUCAUAAUGUGGCUAAGCUUUUUUAUGAAACUGUCCUUGCUUAGGCUGGCCCCAGUAAUAGCGGACAUCAUAUCCAAGUGCUAAAGUGCCUUCAUCAAGGGUAGAAGCAUCCACGACAAUUUUCUUUAUGUAGUUUAGCGCAGAGAUUCCACCAAAAUAGUUCUCCAAUGCUUCUCAUCAAGGUAGACAUCAUGAAAGCUUUUGACUCUGAUAGGUGGGACUACCUUCUACUCCUUUUAACUCGUCUUGGCUUCCUUGCUAGAUGGAGAAGCUGGAUUGCAUCGGUGUUGUCAACAACCUCGUCCUAGAUACUGCUCAAUGGAAUUCCGGGGCAAUUGUUCUUCCAUGGAAGGGCCUUGAGGCAAGGAGACCCCCUUUCGCCUUUGCUCUUUGCCUCAAUGCACCAGAUAACACAAUCGCCUUCAUAAAGCCCAUCAAAAGUGAGUUAGAUGCCAUGGACUACAUGCUACGGCGCUUUGGGCUGGCAUCUUAUCUAUGUAUGAACAUUCAAAAAUCAUCAUUCCUAGCCAUUAGAUGUAACAAUGUGAACCUUGAUGAAACUAUGUGCAAAUUCCCUAUGGUAAGAGAGAACUUCACAAUUAAGUAUCUUGGCUUACCUUUGACGAUUAACACAUUAAGGAAAAUGGACUUCCAAUACCUGAUGGACAAGGUACAAAGCAAGAUGACAACAUAGAAAGGACACAACAUUACCCAUGUUGGAAGACUUAUCCAAACAAAAUCAGUGAUCUCCACGUAGCCGUCGCACACGCUAACCAUUCAUAUUGUCCCUAAGGGUGUGCUACAGAUUAUUGACAAACUAAGAAGAAGGUUCCUCUGGGUAGGGGAAAGUCUAUUGGGUGGAAAAUGUAUAGUCAACUAGGCAACGGUUACAUGUCCGAUCAACCUUGGCGGCCUAGGAGUACUUGACAUUUAUAGGUUUGCUAGAGCACUAUGGCUACAUUGGCUUUAAAGCUAGACGUCCCCUGGGUGGGGCUUGAAACGCCUUGCAACAAGACCGAUUAUUUAAUCUUCGCAACAACUAAAAAAAUUAAAAUUGGGGAUGGAUAAAAAAUUCCUUCUGCCACAAUGCUUGGACCCAAGGUGAACACCCAAAAGACAUCUCACCUAGCUCUGGACUUGCAAUCGAUGGAGCUCACCCAGAACAUAGAAGACGUGUUGAUGUGGACCUUCAAUAGCACAGGUUCCUACACAACAACAUCAGCCUACAAAGCACAGUUUGUGGGGUGCUAUGACGUUCACAUCAAGAUGAUUCUCUGGAAACCCUGGGCACCUUUGAAAUGCAAGCUUUUUGCAUGGUUGAUCAUUCAUAAUAGGAUUUGGACUUCGGACAGACUACAAACCUGUGGAUGGCCGCAAAACCCUUGUUGCCCCUUAUGUAGGCGCAUGUCGGAGACCGCCCCACACCUCAUUGUUGAAUGUUGAUUCCCAAGGAGGAUAUGGGAGGCCACAGGAGGUUGGCUGUCUCUCGAGCCCCUCCAUCCUGUAUCAUGGAAGACCUCAAAGUCGGUAAGAGGUUGGUGGUU